AUGGCCGGUAGUCAAACUAAACUUAUUCACUGUGACGACGAGACCUCAAGGGUCCCUGAUGUUGCUCCACCAAUCAAUGUUGCUGCGACCUUCAAAUACCCAGAAGACCCUGCUAAGCUUGUUACUGCUGAAGAAGUGGAAAGUGAGGAAGGAUGGGUUGCUAAUGGUAGCCCAAUUUACUCUCGUAUCUCCCAUCCAAAUUCCGAAUCUGCUGAAGCUCUUAUGACCGGUUUCUUGGGCCGCCCAACUGUGUUGUAUAACACUGGUCUUGCCUCUUUUAAUGCUUUGCUUUUCCACUACCAUCCUAAGAGAAUCUUUUUUGACAGAUGCUACCAUGGUUGUCACGGAAUGGCUAACUUGAUGACCAGAUGGGGUGCUUUGGAGCAACAUACCUUGAGCGACGAAGAUCUCGACAAGUACUUGCAAGCAGGUGAUUUGUUGCAUCUUGAAACCCCUGUCAACCCUGAUGGUACUUCUUUUGACAUCUCUUAUUAUGCUCAAAAGGCCCAUGAAAAGGGUGCUUUCUUGUCUGUUGACUCGACAUUUGCUCCUUAUCCUUUGCAAGAUCCUUUUGCUUUUGGCGCUGAUGUUGUCAUGCAUUCCGGUACUAAAUAUUUCGGUGGUCACUCUGACUUGUUGGCUGGUGUUUUGGUGGUUAAGGACAGCAAAACUAGACAUCAACUUUUGGAAGAUAGAAUCUAUCUUGCCAGCAACAUUUCUAACUUGGACGCAUUUUUGUUGCUUAGAUCAUUGAGAACUUAUGAGCUCAGAAUCAGACAACAAUCUUCAAAUGCUGAAAAAUUGGUUAAAUAUUUGGCUGAUAAGAAGGGAGAGUACAAGGUUUUGGACAAAAUUUCCCAUUCUUCCUUGCAAACUGAAGCUUUUGUUAAGAAGCAAUUGCCUAAUGGAUUUGGCCCAGUGUUCACUAUUGAAGUCACUGAUGCUGAAAUUGCCAGAGUAUUCCCUUCAAAACUUAAGUAUUUCCACCAUGCUACUUCUUUAGGAGGUGUUGAAAGUUUGAUUGAAUGGAGAGCUCUUAGUAAUGCUGACGCAGCAAAGACUAUCCUUAGAAUCAGUGUCGGGAUCGAAAAUGUCGAAGAUUUGAUCGAAGAUUUUGACCAAGCCUUGAGAUCCUUUAACUAA